AUGUUACGAACCCGAACGUUCGAAGUUCGGGUUCGAGCAAAGUUCGACAUUCGAGUUCGAGUUCGACGUCAAAUAUUUAACAAAGUAAAGAAUCAAGUUUUAUCACACAAUCAAAAACAUUCUCUGCCCUUAAAAGUUGUCAAUGAAAAUCGCUGUCUCAAUGAUGGUGAAAAUGUUCAAUAUCCACGAUAUGGCACCAUAUCACAUACACACUGGAAUAAUGUAGCUAAAGAUCGAGAAUUAGCAAAAUUGAAAGCAUUAAUAUUUCAGCGAGACAAUGACAUCAUUGCACUUACAGCUACUCACAAAAAUGAGAUUGCACAGGUGGAAGAUCGAUUACAACGUGAAAGACAAGUAUGGAAUGAACAUCGAGAUACCGUAAUAGCCAAUGAGAGAUGUCGAUUUGAAGAAGAAAAAGCUCAUGCAAUUAAAGAUAUACAACAUGAAUUAAAAUUAGAACAAGAUAGAAAUAAUAAAUUGCAACAAAAAUUAUACGAUUUACAAACGAGAUUAAGUGAAACACAAAUUAUGUUAAAAGAGAGUGCACAUGAACGAAUCAAUGCGGUAUUUAAUACUAAAGAAUUGUGUCGAAAAGAAUAUCAAGAAGAAGUAAAUCAUUUACGUACACAAUUACAAAUGAAAAAAGAUGAAGAUCUUAGUCAAUUACAAUUACGUGUAAAAGAAUUAGAAGAAAAUCUUCAAAAUGUUUCAAUAUCAAAUGCGGAUACAUCAAUAAAACAAAAUGAAUUAUUUAUCAAUAUGAUAACAUAUGAAAAAAUGUGUGUACGAUUAUUACAUGAUAUUAUUAAAAAAUUACUCAUUUCCAUGGAUAGUUCAUCACAUCUUCAUGCAACAAUACCUAGCAUCUCCUCAUAUACUUAUGAUGAAGAGUCUGUUGUUACAAGAGUUCCCUCAAGAUGUGCACUAAAAAUUUUACAAGACACUGUCGAUGAUGUUAAUCAGUAUAUUUUAGAACAAAGAAUUCAAUUAGAAACAAAAUCAAAAUUUUUAAGAAAAGCAAAUGCCUUUUCAGACAAAACAUCUCAUUAUGCCAAUGAUAAUCGAAACUAUCAUUCAGUAGACAAGGAGAAAUUAUCAAAACGAUAUGAAAAUAGUGGUUACAAUUCAAAAACAAAGGAAAAUAGUGAUUCGUAUUACUUUCGUGAUGUUGAUCGUCUUGCUAAUAUUGAUGAGCAAAAAAUGCGAAAUUUACAAUAUCAAUUGACAUCAAAACAAAAUGAUACAAUUGAUAAUUUAGUGCAAAAACUUGAAAAACACAUAGAAAAUGAACUGGAACGUCUAACAAAACAACGAUUAACACUAAGCAACAAUAGCAGUGAACCACGUUCAUUAAAUGAGACAAAUGAUCAUCGACCUUCAUCGUUUAUUGAGCCAAAAAAAGUGAAAUUUGAAUCUGUUGAACCUGAUCAAGAGACUCUUAUUCGACAUUUACAAGAACGUAUUACUGAUUUAAGAGAUGAUAAUAUUCGUUUACGACAACAAUCACGCUCAACACCAUCAACAUCAAUGUUAAAUACGAAAAUACAAUUAAAUGAUUCAAAUAGAUAUUCAUCGGAUAAUAAAAAUGACGAAUCAUUUAAUUCAAAUUUCACUGUGCAAUCUCAAAGUGGACGAAAUAUGACAUAA